AUGCCUGUGCAAGCUUCCCUAUGCAUUAUCAACUGGGAUGAUCGCAUGGCUAGGGCAGAAGAGGACCUCGCGCAUGCUGUGAUCGUGACUGUCUGUGCUGCAGAGCCCUUGGCCCCGGCUAGAGAGGUGGCGGAGGUGCUCGCUAUUCGUCUGGGCGUUGAGGCAGGCUCCCUGGUGCUUCGUCAAGCUUCCAACUCGAGUUAUCUCCUUGUCCUCCCUGAUAUUGGCUUAGUCGAGCGCUUGGUGGAUCAGCGACUACCCCCACUCCGCUCCCCUGCGUUCACCCUCCUGUGCAAGCGGUGGUGCCGAUUGGCUGGUGCCUCGGGACGGACCCUGCCAUGGUUGGUUGAUCUUGAGCUUCGAGGAAUUCCUGCGCAUGUCUGGGAGACCUCGACUGUGGAGCAGUUCUUGAACCCUCUGGCCAGCAUCCAGCAAGUGCACCCAGAGACCCUCGGGCUGGUGAACCUGGCCUCCUUCAGAUGUUCGGCGUGGUGCAUGGACCCGGCUGCACUCCCACCCUCUAAGGAGCUCUGGGUCGUCGAACCUACGGUCGCUGCCAUGGAGGCCCCCCCGGUGAAGAGAUUAUUGUCCUACCCAAUUGAAAUCAAGUGCUCCAUCCUACACGGGCUUGGCACUCCCCCUCCGCCGCCUCCUGCUCAGGGCGGGCCGCCUCCUGCUGGGGGCGAUGGCGGGGAUGUUUCUCCUGCUCAGCGGCGGCGUCGACGUCCAUCUUCCUCGUCGCCGUCUUCUCCUACUUGGAUAUUUCUGAUAUGUCGUCAGGCUGGUCUUGUUAAAACUCUGGAGAAAUCUGGCAAGCACAAGGAGAGUGGCGUUGAGGACAACUUUGCCAUUGUGUUUGCUGCUAUGGGAGUAAACAUGGAAACAGCACAAUUUUUCAAACGUGACUUUGAAGAAAAUGGCUCAAUGGAACGGGUCACCCUUUUUCUGAAUCUGGCAAAUGAUCCCACUAUUGAACGGAUCAUCACUCCUCGUAUUGCUCUGACAACAGCAGAAUAUUUGGCAUAUGAAUGUGGGGAACAUGUUCUUGUCAUUCUUACAGACAUGAGUUCAUAUGCCGAUGCGCUUCGUGAGCGAGCUGGGCGUAUUGAAGGAAGAAAAGGCUCAAUUACUCAAAUUCCCAUUCUAACUAUGCCUAAUGAUGAUAUCACACAUCCAACUCCAGAUCUUACUGGAUACAUUACUGAAGGGCAGAUAUACAUUGAUAGACAGCUCCAUAAUAGACAGAUAUAUCCACCCAUCAAUGUCCUGCCAUCUCUCUCGCGGUUGAUGAAGAGUGCUAUUGGUGAGGGUAUGACACGUCGGGAUCAUUCAGAUGUGUCUAAUCGGCUUUAUGCCAACUAUGCCAUUGGGAAGGAUGUUCAAGCUAUGAAAGCAGUUGUUGGAGAGGAAGCACUUUCAUCCGAGGAUCUGCUCUAUCUAGAAUUCCUUGACAAGUUUGAGAGGAAGUUUGUAACACAAGGUGCAUAUGACACCCGGAACAUUUUCCAGUCACUUGACCUGGCAUGGACAUUGCUUCGCAUAUUCCCUCGUGAACUUCUCCACCGUAUUCCUGCAAAGACCUUGGAUCAAUACUACAGCAGGGAUGCCACCCAUUGA